AUGAACGUGGCUUUGAUUAGUAAAUGGAAGUGGAGAAUCCUCACGGAGAAGGAGGCGGUUUGGAGAUACGGUAAGGUGAAGGUGAAGGUUUUAAUAGGGGAUAUUUCGGUGGUGGGAAAGAAGGACUCAAUUUGGUGGAGAGACCUUUUAAUUUCGGAUAAUUAUGAGAAUCUCAACAGCAAUCAUUUUGCAGGUGCUAUAGAGUGUACCGUUUGGAGCGGAAAAGAUAUUCCUUUUUGGUAUGCUUGUUGGACGGGUUCUCAAACGUUAAUGGAGGCUUAUCCGGAGUUAUACUGUUUUGCAGGAAAUCACCUUGCUGAAGUUUUCUGUGCAAGUAUUAUGCUUAAUGGAAGCUGGUCUUGGCGUUUAGAAAAUAUGGUGGAAGCUGGCAGCAGAGGAGAAUCCGGUUCGACUGGAAGCAGUGGUGAGCCCGAAUUUACUCAUCAACUUUCAGAGCUGAUUCUCGAGCUACUAUUUGAGCUGCAACAGCGCCAGAUCGCUGUCCGGGACAGCAGCGAUGAUGCUUUUUCUUGGAGGUUAGAGAUAAACGGCGUCUUCUCGGUUAGCUCGUGUUACGAUCGUUUUAAAGAGAAACAUUUCGGACCUCCUCUUGACAAUUCAACGGUAUUAGCUUUAUCUCAUCUUUGGAAAAUUAAAGCUCCCUUGAAAAUUUUCUUUUUUGGUCGGAGUUUCAUAAUCAAUAAACUAGCAACGAGAGACCUUUUGGUUAAAAAGGGUAUCUUGACAGAUGGUAAUGAUUCUAAAUGUGCCUUUUGUUUAUCGGAGGAAGAAUCACUUCGGCAUUUGUUUGUAAAUUGCGAGGUGACCAAGGGGAUUUGGAGGAAAGUUUAUGGUUGGGUUGGAGUAGACACAUCUUUAUCUAGAGAGGAGUUUGUGAAUUAUUUUCACAAUUGCUUAAAGAUUAAGUGUGUCAAAACAAGAGUUAUUGGGGCGGUGAUGUGGCUUUCAACGGUUUGGAAUAUUUGGCUUAUGCGUAAUUCUGUGAUAUUUGAAAGCGAGAAAUUUAGCUUCCUUGAUUGUUUGUCGGAGAUUGUUUUUAAUGCUUGGAGAUGA